AUGUGCGACAUCCCCACUAACUGUAUUCUAGAGCGGUUCAAACUGUUCAAUCGGCGUCAGAUCAUUGACGAGUCCGUUGACAACUACAUCGCCGCGUUGCGACACAUGGCCAGACAUUGUCGCCUGGACGCUCUCACACCAGACCAAGAUCUAAAUGACAAAGUACUUGCAAGGUUCCUGCGAGCUUUCCGAACGGUCGACCGCGCCUUUAACGCCAUCAUCCAGUACCUGAAAUGGAGGCAGGAGUUUGGUGUUGACUCGAUUACAAUUGAAGACCCGGAUGUCAUGAACGAGCUGAAAAGUGGCAAGGCAGUAUUGUUAGAUGAACGAGACAACAGUGGCAGGCAGGAAUCAGCGGCCCACCUGUGCGAUGAUGAUACCUGUGACAAUUUCUGCAUUGUUUUUGACAUGAAGGACUUUUCGAUGAGCACCAUGGAUUACCAGUUCGUUAAGAGCUUAAUCUGGUUGCUCUCCAAUUACUAUCCGGAGAGACUAGGGAUCUGGCUCAUCGUCAAUCCCCCGGUGCUCUUCACUGGAUGCUGGGCAAUCAUCCGUGGUUGGCUGGAUGAAAAGACGGCCAAGAAGGUCGUCUUCGUCUCCAGGCCGGAGCAGCUGGCUGAGUAUAUUCGACUCGAGAUCUUACCCAGAAACCUGUUCCAAUGAGCCGGACACCAUGGAAAACUAUCUAUUGUGCGAUGCUCAAAACAGCUCAUUCGCCUGGAGAUUUGCAACUGUGCUGACACAAUUUAAAAAGAAAUUACUGUAAAUUUAAAAAAUAA